AUAACACCAUCUAAUAAAAUUAAAUUAAGAAAUCACCACCAGAAAACGGAUGCUGUGACGGAAAUUGUGUGUGGGUCCCACAGGUUAGCUUACCCUCCAAAUUUUUGAGUUCUUGAAUUCGAUUUUCUCUCUCCCUGUUUCAUUACUCACUCUCCCUCAUUCAUUACUCAACUAUUCCCUCAUUAAUUUCUCAGUGAUAAAGAUUCAACCACCAAAAUUGCGAAUCAGAAUCAAACCCUAGGAUAAUUUGUGUAGUUGGGAGAGUGAAUUGCAAGGAGAGGUGUCAGUGUUUGAGCGAAACAACUCAGCCAUAUUCGUCAGCCAUUUUCGACCUACAUAAAGCUUGUACUUUUCUGGGUUUCUAACAGCGACAGGAAGAAGAAUCUGAAAGAGAUAAUGACCACAACAGAUGGUAUGGUUGAUAUUGUUUUUAGAGUGGGGGGUGCUUUUGUUCCCAAGAGAGUGCACAAAAAAAAGAGUUUAAUUGUCUACUGUGGUGGGUUAUGUUAUUGGAGGAGGGGUGUGAAAGUUAAUAAGCUUGAUGUGCCUUACAUUAGGGAAGCUGCAAUUCAUGGUUUUGUCAACUUUAGUGUCAAUGUGGCUACUCUUUACAGCUGUUGGUAUAGGGAAAAAGGAAAAACCUUCAAUACUGGGAAAAGGGAAAUAGUCAAUGAAGAUGAAAUUAGGGGACUUUUACAAACAGUUAAUGGGCAAGGGUAUGUUGAAGUGUUUGUGUCUUCAGAUGAUGAAUCAGUGAGGCCCAAUAUUGUUGAGGCCCAACACACUCCAAAGAAGGCUGUAGUACCAAAGGGGAAGAGUGCAUGUAAGAGUUUGCAGCUUAGGAGAAGCCCUAGAUUACAUAAGACUGAUGUACAUGAAAGUCAAAGGGAACAGAGCUCACCCAAACCUAGAUCUAUAUUGCCUCCCACAAAGAACAAGGGAAAAGGGAAAGUAGAUACUUGCAAAGGGCUGUCUGGAGCUUCUGGUAGUGGGAAGGAUAAGGAUAAGGGGAAAGGGAAGCUAGUUGGGAAAGAAUUGUUGUUUGAGAGUGAUAGUGAUGAUGACAGAUCUGGGAGUGAGGAGUUUUAAAGUGAUGAUUGUAGUGAUGUUGACAUAAAUUGGGAACCAACUGAAGAGGAGUAUGAUGAUGGUGAUAAGCAGUGGUUUAUACAAGAUGCAGGGGUGAUUCUUGAGGAGGUUGACAAGAAACUAAGAAAGGGUUUACAGAAAGAAGGUGGGGGCCUUAGUGAGAACUUGGAUGUUGCUGAGGUUCAGAUUGAAGUAGAAGAUGAAGGAGAUUCUGAUGAGUUAAGAAGUUUAGGUGGUUCAUCUGAUGAAGAGGACCAUAGUCCUGUAUUUAAUGAUAAGGUUGACUUCACCAAGGCUGUAAAACUGGUUUCAAACUUGAAGUUCAAGGAUGCUACUGUGUUGAGGAAAGAUUUAAGAUUGCAUGCCAUUGAAAACAGGUAUGAAUUCUACUUCUUACAUAAUGACAGCACUAGGAUCACUAUUCAAUGUAGGAAUAGAUGUGGCUGUCAGUUUAGUGCAAAGACAAGUAGGAUGCCCCUUUGUACAUGUAUAGGUGUAGUUAGGUGCAAUACUGGUUAUCCUUGUGUUCAUGCUUAUGCAUGUGUGAUGGACCAGAGAUCUGAUAUUGAGCAGUUUGUGCACCCAUACUACAACAUAAACACCUACAGGAAGGCUUAUGAACCCCCUAUUCAGCCAAUGCCAGGUCCUAAGCAUUGGGACAGGGUGAAUGUCAGAGGACCACUUCCAUACAACCAGGAAGACCUAAACUGAAAAAAAGGAAGUUGGAGCAGGAUGAAGGAUCAUCAAAAGGGGCCCAGCAACAGAAGCCCAAGCAUAGGAAGAACCAAUGCACUGAAUGUGGUGGGUUUAGGCAUUAUGCAAAGACUUGCAAAGCUGAAGCUGUUCCCGAGCCAUCUGAACAAAAAGCAGAAGCAGCAGGCAGGCCUCCCUUAAACUCACCUUGGGUAGUGGAUCAAAGGAAGAAGAAGGAGGAAAGAGCUGCAAGGAAGAAUGCCAUUGGAGCUGUGCCAAACAACAUUGGCAACAGGACAUUUCCACAAGAGAGGCCUGGAUGGGAACCUUGGAGAAAAAGGAAGGCUCCAGUAUCACAACAACAAUCCCAGGAUGCAGCCCAAACAAGGCCUUCUUCUAGUCAGCCAACUGCAAGCAAAACAGCCACCACCAGCUAAGUUGGAGUACAAACCAGGAGGGGAAAGCUUCAAAAUGCUAACAAGCUUAAUCUUACUCAGUGAUUAAUAUGUAAUCAACUUCAUUUUGUAUGACUGCAGACAAUAAUUUAGGUGCUUUAUUGUUAGUUUGUUUAAGUCAGUAGGUUGUGGUGUUAGUUUUGAACAAAUAACUUGAUUUAAGUCUUUUGUAUGCCUCUUUUGUUGCCAAACUUUGUGCAUAUUCUGGCUUAAUGGUCAAUAUAACUACUUUUGUGCAAAUUGUUGCUUUGGGUGAUUUAUUAAAGUUGUUUAUGUUAUUUGAAACAUUGCUCAUUCAUUCCAAACAUACAUUGCAAACACUUUACCAUUCAUUAAAAGCAAAUGUGGAUUCAACCCACUUCAUUUACAAUACAUAACAACCAGUGCUCCCAUGUCCAUUGCAUAUUACUGAAUACAUUAGUAACCUACUCAUACUACACCUACUUAAACAUAAAAGACACUACAGCUGCAACAACAAUACAAAUAAUACCAACAAGCCAUAGUUUAAACUGUUGAUCCAUGCAUCCCCUGCCCUCACCAUCUUUGCUCAUUCUCUUUCUGACAGAGUUGAGGGCCUUACAUUUUAGCUUCAAAUUGUCAACCUCAUUGAGUAAGCACCUCAUUUGGCCACUUAGAUCUUCCACUUCCCUUUUGUAGUCACUAACUUCACCCUUUAACAACUUCUUAUCAAGCAACAAAUUGUUGAUAACCUCUGUUUGCCAUGUUGUCCCAUUAGGUUGAUCAGCCCAUUCAAAGGCUUUACACCCUCUACUCUCAGUCACUGGAUCAUAAAACUUACAAGUUCUGAAUUUUCUUCCAGGAUUCUCCCUUGUCCAGCUUGUCAGCUUUGAUAAGGGAACACCAC